CCAGGCAAAGCAAAGCAAGCCAGUUCUGGGAGAGAGCGACCUGCCAGCUUCCUAGGAAAAGAGAGCAGAGUUGAGAGCAAGCGAGAAGAGGGACAGUCGCUUUAGGAGAGAUUAGAGAGUACUGUGCACAGAAACACCCUACACACAGCACGCUCUGGGACCGCUAAAGAGGACUUACAUAUUGUGACGUGUUUUAUUUUAAAACUAUCUGACAUUGAAAAAAAACGGGAGCUUAUUCUGAGUUAGUGGAAAGAGCAGCGUGCUAACAAUUAAAAGAAACUACCUCCUUCCAAUUUUCGGUUUUUUAUUUUUAUUUUGUAUUUCACUGAUAUAAGUAGCGGCUGAAGAAGAACCGAAUCACAGUAGCACUUGACAGAAAAAGAAACUGACGAGAAACGCAGGAGAGGCUGUUGGCUGGAGGGAGGUGUGAUAUAUACCUCUUCGUUUUUGGACUUUUAAAGAAAUCCGUUUCUUUUUGCUUGGGCUAAAGUGAUUUUUAUUUUUUUUUAAUUUUUUUUUUUUUAUUUUUUUUUUUGGAAUAUGGUUGGGGAAAUGGAAACGAAGGAGAAGCCGAAGCCGACCCCAGACUAUCUGAUGCAGCUCAUGAAUGAUAGGAAGCUGAUGAGCAGUCUGCCUAACUUCUGUGGGAUUUUCAAUCACCUCGAAAGGCUUUUGGAUGAAGAAAUAAGCAGAGUGCGGAAGGACAUGUACAACGACACAUUAAAUGGCAGCACAGAGAAGAGAAGCUCAGAAUUACCUGACGCUGUGGGGGCCACUGUACAGUUACAAGAAAAACUUUAUGUGCCUGUAAAAGAAUUUCCAGAUUUCAAUUUUGUUGGAAGAAUCCUUGGGCCCAGAGGACUAACAGCAAAGCAGCUGGAAGCAGAGACGGGGUGUAAGAUCAUGGUCCGAGGCAAGGGCUCAAUGAGGGACAAAAAAAAGGAAGAACAAAACAGAGGCAAGCCCAACUGGGAGCAUCUGAACGAAGACCUGCAUGUAUUAAUCACCGUGGAAGAUGCUCAGAACAGAGCAGAAAUCAAACUGAAACGGGCUGUCGAGGAAGUCAAAAAGUUAUUGGUGCCAGCAGCGGAGGGUGAAGACAGCCUUAAAAAGAUGCAGCUGAUGGAGCUUGCAAUUCUCAACGGCACUUACAGAGACGCCAACCUCAAAUCACCUGCCCUUGCCUUUUCUCUUGCAGCAACGACCCAGGCUCCUCGGAUCAUUACAGGGCCCACGCAGGUUCUCCCUCCCACAGCCCUGCGCACCCCCACACCAGCCGGCCCGACCAUAAUGCCUUUGAUUAGACAGAUUCAGACAGCUGUCAUGCCAAACGGAAGCCCUCAUCCUACCAUAGUCCCUCAGGGACCAGAGGCUGGACUAAUCUACACACCCUACGAAUACCCAUACACACUGGCACCAGGGACAUCCAUCCUGGAGUACCCCAUUGACCAUAGUGGAGUAUUAGCUUCCUCAAAGGCUGAAGAGCUGCCACUGUACUUUGGGUUCCAUACCUGUCACAUUCCAGUCACAUUCCACCGAGGAGACUCCUCCUCCAGGGUUUCCUUUUAAAGAACAAGGCUGCACUGUACACCCCACUUAAACUAUCCAAACUUUCCACAGUAGGGUCGUUUCGGAGAGCUGCCAGCUUCAACCUAACACCGUUGAUGCUCUUACAUCGUUGCAAUUUGUUGAAUGUUUACACACAAAAAAGGCAGCUUUUCCAAUGCCCACAGCGUUAAAUGCAUUUUUAUUUGUGUGCAUGUCAGAUUUAAAAAAGCAAACAAAAACAAAACAAGAAAUAAACAACACCGCAUGGCAUUGAGCCACAUGGCAGCACAAACUCCUGGAUGAUAUCCUUCUGUAACAGAUGCAACCAUGGAUGAGCUUUAGAUGUGCUCGGGGGAUCUUUUUUUUUUUUUUUUUUUUGCUUUGGGUUAAACGUUCGGACAAAUUGAAUGUUACUACACAGAGGAUGGACUUCUCCAGAGACUAAUUGACAUUCCCUUCCUUUAUUCUUUAGGUAUGGCUUUCCCAACGAAAGGCUAAGCAUUCAAGAAUGGUCUUACUGAAUCCUCAUCAGAUCUGUGUUUAACAAAUGCUUAGUUUCACAGCUGCCUUGAACAAAAUGAGCUCAGCCUGGUGGUCAGUCAGACACAUGCACGAGAUUAAAAAAAAGGUUACUACUGAAACUUACACUGGCAAUAGCUUUUGCAGAAAAAAAAUGCAACAUGAAAAUAAAAAUAAAAUAUCUGUGCAUAGUGUUUCAUUGACUACUGAGUUUAAAAAAAAAAAAAAAAAAAACUUUGUUGCUUUACUAAUCACUUAAUUAAUUGCAAAUUCUACUUAUUGGCUUUUAACCUCAAUGUCAAGUUGUGGGCUAAAGAAACUACUGCAAAAGUUCUUAAAAACUGGAUUGAGUCUCAGACCAUUUCAGAGAAUAAUCAGUAUUAUUAUUAUUAUUAUUAUUAUUAUUAUUAUUAUAUUAUUAUUAUUAUUAUUAUUAUUAUUAUUAAUUAAAAAAAAUCGAUAACUGGAAAUCGUGGAUCUAUUCCUGUUGCACUCCAUUAAUUUUGUGACUAGUAAAGCAUAAAUUUGCCUUGGACCAUUCAUUGUCAUUAAUACUGUACUUUGGGAUAAUACAACAAUGGAUCUUACAGGUUAAGGCAACCUUUUUGGAAGUGACUGCUACUGUGUUAUAAACUACCAUAGAUAUUCUCAUAUAAACUAUUGUGCCUUAACUUGUUAAUCUUGUUUGUUUUUUUAAUUGCAUACUUUGUAGUUAUUGUUGAUUGUUAAAUCCUUUGUGAUAAACCUGCUGUUAUUUGAUGAAAUGCUAAUGGACAAUUUGUAGGUUGAAUUAUUAUCUAACCUUGUCUUGGUAAUGUUGCAAUUUAACCAGGUGCAGUGGCUACUAAAAUUCGAAGGCACGAUAUGCGGGUCCAUCCUUACCAAAGGGUUGUGACCGCAGACAGAGGUUAGUUUAGUUCUGCUGUUGGUGUUUAUGAGAAAUGCUGUUGUUGGUUGUGAUCCACUUUGCAACACUAUAUCUAACCGGUCCAUUUUUAAAUGAAAGAAGAACAAAAUGACAUGAAUUAAUAAUGGCAAAUGUGGAUCAUUCUACUGCCAUUUGUCCAUUAUUUUGAUGACUGUGUGACUAGUGAUCUGUUGAUGAAAAAUAAUGGAUACCGUAAAACAGACGUUUCAGUUUCCCCCACUGCUUUACCAAGAGAAACGCUUCAAGUUAUGGUGAAUUAAAAGUAGUUCUAGAUCUCAACAGAUUGGUUAAACUGUAACAAACCUGUAUAAUUUUUUUUAAAAGAAAAGGCGUAUUCUUCUGACACAUUGCUUUAUCAACAUGCGGCAUGAUUAAGUUGGUAAUAUCUGUUCUGGAAUUCAUUUGUGAAAUAAAGUGCAUGCUAAAGGAAAUUCAUGCCAUUUGCAAAGUGUUUAAUUAACCAUAUUGAGAGGAUAGUAUAUUGAAACAAACUUGCUUCUGUCUUAACAACGGCAUUAGAAUUACAUUGCCCUUUGAAGAGCAUGUUUUUUUGUUGUUUGAUAAUACACCAUAAAUUAAAGAGAACAAGUUACAGUAUUUUGCUGAUGCCUUACUCAGAUGGGGAAACUGAAUCAAUGGGGUAUUUGAACCCCCACAGCAACAUGCUGUCCAUUCACUCACCAGAUUUGUGUUGCAAACAGCUGCAAGGGCUUUUCGUAUUGAGAGCUCUUUGUACAAAAACAAAACAAAGCAUUAAAUGUCACCUGUACUAGGCGGGAUAAAAAAACUGAAGAUUUGGUUUUCUGCUCAUCCUUUGUAAAAUAGCCUAACCAUAUAUAAAGCUUGUUUGAUACUGGAAUUAAUGGUUUGCAUUGCCCUAUUUCAACAUUGUUCUUUACUGUGAGAAUGGGGGAGGAAGGUAUAUAGACCCAGUGUCAUCCUUUUUGCCUACCCUGUUCUUCAUAUACAAUAUAUCUUUUUUUAAACGUUCCUCCCUUGCCUUUUAAUUUAGUACAAGAGACGAAUAUAUUUCAGCAGCUAUGUGCGUCCAACCCCCAAAUCUCUGGAUAUCCAGUGACUGGGAACUAAAUCUUCGUUUUUGUUGCCCUGCCAAACUGAUGUAAGUCUCCCCUAUAUGUACCCUUAGACCCAGCUGUAAACUGUUAGUUGGAAAAAGUGACUCAAGCGCCUCCCUUAAAACCUUCAGAGAGCCGUCUUACUUAUUUAACCCUACUGGUAUACUGUAUCUGCUAUGAAGAAUGGCAAUCACCAAGCAGAAUGUGUAAACUAUUCACUGAAACAUUAACAGAUUUUAUUUUUACCGUAUCGUGAUUUGUUUCUGUUACUGUCAAAAGAUUUGUAAAAAAAAAAAAAGAAAGAAAUAUUCCAACACUGAAGUUUUACAAAGGGUUAUUAUGUUUGUGUUACAUUCUGUUUUAAGUGCACUUUAUAUUUUUAUGAAGAUUAAGUGAGUCUUACAUUGUCACGGUCUUGCACUUGACUUUUUUUAUUGUACAAUUAUACAAGUUUUUAAAACUUGGUGAACGUAAUGCCAUUUGAAACAAAAAACAAACAAAAAAACUGAAAAAAACUAUUUUUCUUGUUAUUGGAUUAUUGUGGAAUUUUUUGUCAUUAACAGCUAGCAAGUUUUACCAAACUGGGUCUAAGGGAAAUUAUUUAAACUGGCAUUUAGAAGUAAUACAGUACCAUUAAUAGGCUUGUUUGCAUAUUUGUAUUCUUAAAUUAGACAUAUCAUACAUAAGCAUGUCAUUACAAUGAGAAAAUUUAAAUCCCCAUUCAUGACGUUUACUUUUUACUAAGCAUUUAAGAUUCAUGGAGGGUUGCCAAUUGAAAUAGCUGUGUAUUACUAAGAAAACAAGACUUUAAUACAUAAUAAAACAAAACUAAAGUAUGGUACCUAUAACAACAGACAGACAGACUGGCAAAGUUAAUUGAAACAAAAUGUACAUUCAAUUGCACAAUUGCUAAACCUGUGUGUAUUGAAAACAUGCAUAAAGACAUUGCAGGUUUAUUGGUUAUGUGAACAAGUACAUGCACACUUUAUUGUCUUCUGUAGACUGUAAAAGCAAAAGCUGCAUCACACAUCAAACUAUAAGACAUAAAAGGCACAUUUUAUGAGUGGAAUAAAAUAAUUGUAACUAUAUAAAACAAACCAGAAACAAAUUGGCUACAGAAUGAGCAGUUUAAAAUUCCUUUACCUUCACAUGUGCUUAAAACAGGGGCCUAUUAGUUAUGUUUUUACUAUAUUUUGAAAGUUAAUUAAAAUAAUUGAUCUGUAUCAUAAACUGUGAAAAAUACUUACUAGGUUACUGAUGAAGCCAUUCAUCAUAAUCUGUAAUCUCUAAAAUGGGUACAGAACUAUCGGCUUCCGGGAAACUUAUUUAACUGCAGUGGUUUUGCAUCCUAUACAAGCCAAUAAAAGUGCACCAUCUUUCUGCAUUACACCUACUGGAUUUCACUUUACAUAAAAUGGCACAAAUCUGACUUUGCACUGAAUAAAUAAACCCUGCUUCAGUCAGACUGGCAUCAGUUCAAAUAAAAAUGCAACGAACCUCAGAUGAAAGUGAAUAUAAUUAAGCUGUUGAACAUGAGUCUUAGAAUUACUACUGUUAAGUGGACCAAGAUGAGUAAAGAGGACAACAGAUGAAAUUAGAUUAGACCAGGCCAUAAAUGGACUGAAAACAAAACUUUCCACUUGAGAACUUUUUUUUAUGUUUUACUGUAAGCAUGUUUGUUGUUGUUGUUGUUGCAAAGAAAAUAGUAAUUACAGGUGGCUUCUUAAAAAAAAAUAUAUAAAAAAUAUAAAGCAGGAAUGUAUAUGAAAUGUCAGAUUUUAUUGUAUUUGCAGAGUAAUAGCGUUGAAAUUCAAGAGGGCUAUUUGUAGUAAAAACAAAAAAUAGCAUUAUAGCUUCAUUUAGAAAUUUCCUCUAUUUUUGGAUGUACUUUAGGGCUUUGUAAAAGUAGACUAUGAAACAGCAGGACGUUACAGUGUUUAUAUGCAAGUGCAUUUUAUAUAAGAUUGUCCUGUAAUAGGAUUUGCAGUGGGAUGUUUUGGCUCAAGCAUUAGGCUUGGCCUUCUCCCAGCUCCCACACUGAUGCCUACACUGCUAGAUCUACAGUUUAGUAUUGCUUUGUAUCAUGAGGCCAAGAUUUUCAUGUUGUUGUAAAUAGAACAAAAAAUACCUGAAAGGCAAUAAAAUUUUAUUGAACAAAAACACAAAA